CAAUUAGUACUCUCUUUUGGUUUAGCAGAUCAAUAUCAGAUAUGGCUUCAUCAAGUUACUCAAACUCUCCCUGCGCCGCCUGCAAGUUCUUGAGGAGAAAAUGCAUGCCGGAUUGCAUUUUCGCCCCGUAUUUCCCGCCCGAGGAGCCGCAGAAAUUCGCAAACGUUCACAAGAUUUUCGGGGCGAGCAACGUCAGCAAACUCCUCAAUGAGGUUCUUCCUCACCAAAGAGAGGACGCCGUGAACUCUCUAGCCUAUGAGGCGGAGGCGCGGAUGAAGGAUCCGGUCUACGGCUGCGUCGGCGCCAUCUCAGUCCUCCAAAGGCAGGUGAUCCGCCUCCAAAAGGAACUGGACGCAACAAAUGCUGAUCUAAUGCGUUAUGCGUGCAAUCAUGAAAUGCCGCCUUCUCAAUCUGAGAGGAGGAACAAUAAUAAUAUGGGUGGCUCUUCUCACCAUUUUGGUCAAAACUCUGGAGGCUUGUAUUUUGCUUGUCCAUGGAGUACUGACCAUGAUCCAUGUGGAGACCAGAGAGGAGGUGGAGGUAAUAUGUAAGCUGGUUAGGGUUUCUCCUUGUAUACGUACGUAGAUUAGUAUAAAUAUGGUAUAAUUGGAUAUAUUCCUGUAUUAAGGAUAGGUCUUGGUCUACGUACUUGUAAAAAAACUAUAACUUUCUUUGCUUCAUAUCAUGUUAUUGGUCGGUGCUGUUUUUCAUGUAUGAUGAUUUUGAUUGAGAAGUCCUUGCUAGGUAGAAUGUUAAUUUUUUUUUUCUUCUUCUUGUGUACAUAUAGAGGAUAA